CUUGCAAGCCCACAGAGAGCUGGGCACUGGCAGGGAGAGGGCUGAGGAUGGCAGCCUCCGGGACCCUUCCCACUGGCUUUGGGGAGCUUGAGGUGCUGGCUGUGGGGACAGUGCUGCUGGUGGAAGCGCUCUGUGGUCUCAGCCUCAACAGCCUGACCAUCAUUUCCUUUUGCAAGAUCCCGGAGCUGAGGACUCCCAGCCACCUUCUCGUGCUGAGCCUGGCCCUGGCAGACAGCGGUCUCAGCCUCAACACCCUCGUUGCAGCUGCAUCCAGCCUCCUCUGGCGCUGGCCCUACGGCUCCGGAGGCUGCCAGGCUCACGGUUUCCAGGGCUUUGUGACAGCACUGGCCAGCAUCAGCGGCAGCGCGGCCAUCGCCUGGGGACGCCAUCAGCACUACUGCACGCGCAGCCAGCUGGCGUGGAGCACGGCCAUCCCCCUUGUGCUCUUCGUGUGGUUGUCUUCCACCUUCUGGGCAGCACUGCCCCUCCUGGGCUGGGGCCAUUAUGACUAUGAGCCUCUGGGGACCUGCUGCACCUUGGACUACUCCAAGAGGGACAGGAAUUCUACCAGUUUCCUCUUCACCAUGGCCUUCUUCAGCUUCCUCGUACCCCUCUUCAUCACGUUCACAUCCUACCAGCUCAUGGAGCAGAAAAUGGCAAGGAACAGCAGUCUCCAGAUGAACACCUCUCUGCCAGCCCGGACACUGAUGUUCUGCUGGGGCCCCUAUGCCCUCCUGCACCUCUACGCAACCAUUGCCGACGCGAGCUCCCUCUCCCCCAAACUGCAGAUGGUGCCUGCCCUGAUUGCCAAAACAGUGCCCACCAUCAAUGCCAUAGCCUACGCCCUGGGGAGUGAGAUGGGCAGCAGGGGACCCUGGAAGUGCCUCUCACUACAGAGGAGCAAGUGGAAACGAGCCCAGUGAGCUGACCCCAGUUGCUGCUCAGACCCAUGCGCCCCUGCAGGAGGCUGCCUGGAAGCCUGGAAGCCAAGCCCCAGACGCUCAUCUUCUAGCCCCAGUGCCCCUGUUGAGUCUGUCCUGGGGCUGAGCACAGGUAUUCAGACACCCAGCUGUGUGGAAGGAGGCUGGAGACCUGCAGGAAAGUCACUCUCCAAUCCAAGCUACCUGAAUCCUUCAGAUAUGAACAUGGACUCACAGAUUUGAACAAGAGAACAUGUUCAUACCAAGCACGUAGAAAAUGCUCCUUAAAACCAAGCUAUCAGUGUAAAACCUGGGCCAUGCCCUCCAGGGAUCUGGGCUCUUACACAGAAAGGAGAAAAUGCCCUAGGAUUCACUUGUGGGAACUCAACCCCAGCUGCCAGCACUCCAAACGCUGCUUAUUAAAUCAUGAGCUGGCACCAGCAACUUAACUCUCUGCCUUGUAUCUGUACCCUGGCCCAUGGGAUGACAUGACAGAAAUGUGACUUGACAGGCCCGGAGCAUGACCUGCACGUUAUAUGCUCCCUGAGAGUCUGCCAUGGCACUCAUCAGUCAAAGCCAACCUCUGCUGAUGUGGGCAUGGCCUGACCAUUGCUUAGAAAUAUUUCAGAAUAAGUUGCCAAGAUUUAAAACUCAUGACAAUUUAAGACUCCAUAUGUCAAAAUAUAAGGCCCUGCCAAGCUGUCUUCCUCCAGAGUGACAAUGCGCAGAGCUCGAGGUGGCUCUGCCCUCCUGCCUCCUCUGCAGAGCCUGGGACUACUAGGUUUGUAAUGCUGACUCAGGGACAGUCACCUCUGGACCCACAUAGGCAGCACAUCAGGGAUGACGUGUGGCAGGUGCAGAGUCCCGGCAGGACCUGCCACCCAGAGGGAAAUGGGGAUGACAGCAGGAUGAUGGAGGCCUAGAAGGCCAGUGGGUGGGGUGGCUGGCCCAGGCCCCAUGGAGGUGUGAAGGAAGAAAGCUUCAUCCCAGGGAGCUGAGAGCCACGACAGGCAUUUCUGGGUCUGGGUGGACGUGGGGAGUGGUCAGACAAGGGAGACUGAACCAAUAGCAUCAGGGCCCUGAGGUCCAGGACCUGCCUGCUGGUUUUGCAGGUGCAGAAAAUCAGGGCACAUAUGCAUAACUCACAAGAUGCCACUUGGCCAUGCUCCAGCACCCACAGAGCAUCACUGACUCAGCCCUGGAGUGUGGGCAGGGCAGGAAAGUCCCAGUGCCCGGCCAGAGCGGGAGUCACACAUGGGCUGAGCAGUGGCCAGGAAACGGAGUUGAAGUGCACACACCAACAAACCACCAAGCUGUCUCCGAAGGAAAGGACCUCCCACAGCACCCUGCAAGGCCUUCCAUGGGACAAUUUCCUGGGGGAGAGAACAGGGCUGCCAUCCAAAUGAUUAUCAAGAAAUUAAAUAUCCAUUAGAUAGUACCUAAAUUUUAUCCAUAUUUUCUCUUAAAGGUAAGGGAUAUUCUAAAAAUUUCCUACAUAUAUAAUAAAUACAUGUAGCAGCAAGAAAGUUGGCCUAAUUUAUUUUUGUUGCCAUGAAACUGAUAGGAUUUCUGCUGUCCUUGCUGUGGAGACACUGUGGAUUCAUUUUGUUCAGAUACAAGCUCAACUGUCUUCCCCCCACAAGGACAUCAUUUCUUAUGUUCCCUGUCUAGAUAAAGAUCAUUAAGGAUCCACCCUGUCAUGUCAGUUAAAUUAAGAGAAAAGGAGAGGGGUAGAAAAGCAAAGAUCUGGCCUGCAUAUCCUCAGCAGAGAGGUGAAGACGGCUCAGUGCUUAGGUGAUACCACCAGGUGGCAGUGCCCUCUCAGUGAUAAAGUCUUUCUGGGCCGCCAGCCAAGGAUGUGCCCUUCUCGGAAAAGCCAGAGGCCUCCUGGCCAGGUGGCGGGGUGCGUUACUGAUUUCUACUGGGCAUUCCACGCGCCUUCCUUUGACUGCUCUUGGGACCCAAACCUGAAGCUUCGAUGUUUCUAACAGGAGCCAUGGUGUGAUUCCAAAUGUCUCUUUGAAAGAAACAGAAUUGCAGGCUCAUUGGCCCCAGGGCUUCCGGGAGGCCGUGGAGCUCCCUUUUCUGACUGUUUAGCAGGGGGAUAGCUCCAGCGUCUUCCCACACCCGCAGGCUUAGGUUAGGAGUUCUGGGUCUGCAGUGUGUGAAUCCCGGCAGCCCCUAGAUUUCUCCCGCCUUGUAUUAUUCAUCUGUAAAAGGGAUGGCGCACGCUGUAGACACUAUGGAGUGGAGCUGGAGGGCUUCCAGGCUCUGUGCGUGGAGCAGCAGCCGGUUCUGGGUAGUGAGGCAGUGAUGGGCGCCACGUUUCCAAGGUGAUCAGAGCUGGGCGGGCCCUAUGCGAAGGCCAAAGACAAAAGCUCCAAAGCCUCCAUGGUGACAACUCCCGACUCAAGCUGCUCCCGGCCCGGGCGCCUUCCACCUGUUCUUUUCUGCCCACCCAUUGGGCUCCCUUACAAAGGCUUCCCUGUCUUCCCCUCAGCGCCGCUCAUCUGCGCUCCCUCCGCAGCUGCUGCACCCUUCUAGGUAAGAGGCAGGAGGCAGCCAGCAGAGCAUUUAGAUUCUGCUGCCAGGAAGCCACGGGCAUGCACCCAGGAUUUGCCACCGACUCGAUGUAACAAAGAGUCUGGGUGACCGAACUUCAUCAGGCUCCUUCCUGAACCUUCUCUCAGGCCCAUCUGUGCACUCCCUUGUAAAACC